AUGUCAGAACCAGGUUUUCACUCUCGUGCGGAUAUUCCCGACCAUCUUCGUGAAGCAGUUGAUCGUCACAUUUCAGAUAUGUUUCCUGGUGAAAUGCAUAAUGAUUUACGUUCUAAGCUUAAAGAAAUGUUGAAGACUUUCUUCACUUCCUCAAAGAUAAGAAUGGGACAUGGUCUUGUUGACCACAUGCGUGAUAUGGUUUCUCUUUUGUCAAUUGAGUUGAAAAAGCAGCCAUGUACUUGCAAGGGAAAGGAGCCUGAAACUGAAAAUGUUGUUGGAGGUAGUUCUAUGGCCCAGAAGUAUGAUGCCUAUGCAGACACCGAUUCUGAUGAUUGUCUUGAGCGUUCGGAGCUAACUGAGGAAGAGGAUGUCCAUGUAACUGCUUUGCAUAGAUUGUUGUUUGCUGAUGUACUUCAGGCUCCUAGGAAUUACAUUGAAGGUAGCGAGAAAAUACUUGAAGUUGGUGGAAAGUCUGUCAGCUGGCAUAGUUUCUACCUUGCUAUGAAGGGUGGUGGGUUUAUGGAUCCUUCUGUUAUGGAUGUUUUUCUUAAGUGCGUUGAUGAUGGUCUUGAUUUCUUAUUUAUUCCAAGCUCUUUGGCGCAUAUUCUUGAUGUGGAUGAGGCGGACCCUAUUCAUCUUGCUGCAAGUUUUGCUGAACAUGAUCUGAAGUACUAUAAUUUGAAUAGGGAAGAGUUAUGCUGA